UAGAAGUGCUAGCAGUUCAAGCACCAGCAGUUCAAGCACCAGCAGUUCAAGCACCAGCAGUAAAAUUGUCUGGUUAUAAACAAUAUUCUGGCACAAUUGAGAAAAUAUUGCAGCAACAUCAUAAGACACAGAAACAUACUGCAAUGAUAAAUGCCAGUCCAACAUUAAAGACACUCAAUUGUGCCAGAAUGAAUAAAAAUAUAAGGAUAAAUGAG